CACCCCUUAGCCUUAUCUCCAUCAAAAUUAUUCAGGUCCCAAAGACAAAAAAAGACAAAAGAAGCUAGAACCCACGUCAAUUUGGCCCAGGCGUUCGUUACACCGUACCGUUACACAGCCCGCAUAGCUCGAACUAUUGAAAGAAAGGAAGCAACAGAACGUGAAAUAGAAAGCCGAUCGAUCGCACUUCAUUAAAACAAUCAAUUUGGUCUUUCGAAUUUUCUUCAAUUAAAAACAUCCAUCAAAAUUUAUUAUUAGGAAGUCAAAACAUAACAAAUCACCUUGUCAAGACUGUUUGAAACGUCAAUUGUCAAAGAGGACGAAAGUGCCUCGAACACCUCAACCUCAACCUCAACCUCAACCUCAACCUCAACCUCAACCUCAACCUCAACCUCAACCUCAACCUCAUAAAAUUCUACCAAUUUCUAUCGCAGACUUUUGAUCAAUCACUCAUUCCCAUCAGACUUAUCAUGGGAUUCUUCACAUCACCCACUUCCUUCCGGCUUGCUAAUUUAGCCACUGGCAAUGAUGUCGGCGCAUCAUCUAUCUCAACACGAUCAAUCACAGAUGUCGCAUUCGGAUCCUUGGCAAAUGAUCAUUCUUCACAUCCUUCCCUUGGACAUCUUGUCCUUUUAGUUUUCGAAGCUGUGAUGGAAGUUGUGUGUGUCAGUUUACCUGGUUAUAUUGUGGCACAACAAGGAAUGUUCGACGCGGAUAAACAGAAGUUCUUAGCAAAUUUAAAUGUUGCUCUAUUCACCCCUUGUCUGAGUAAGCAAUCUUGGGAAGUUCAACCAAGGAGAUGCAUGCUAACAACUUGAACAGUUUUCACAAAGUUGGCAUCUCAAUUAACAGCGGAUAAAUUAGUCGAACUUGCUGUCAUACCGGUGAUUUUCAUUGUGCAAACGCUGGUAUCAUACUUGGUCUCGAUAGGAGUUGGCAAAGCAUUUGGGUUUGGAAAAAGACCCGCAAACUUUGUUACUGCUAUGGGAGUAUGUUAUUCUAGCUUCUGAAUCGAUGAAAAUGCUAAUGUGAUGAUCUGACAGGUAUUCGGAAAUUCGAACUCUUUACCCAUCUCUCUCGUCAUUUCAUUGUCGCAAACAUUGAAAGGUUUACAUUGGGAUAAGAUACCUGGAGAUAAUGAUGACGAGGUAGCUGCGAGAGGUAUUCUAUACCUUCUCAUCUUUCAACAAUUAGGUCAACUCGUUCGUUGGAGUUGGGGUUACCAUGUUUUACUUGCACCGCCUGAAACAUAUAAGGAUGAAGAAGAGGGUCGAUAUAGAGAUGAACCUGUUUUGAUUCCUGGUCUGGAUGGUGAUGAAGAUUCGGAAGACCACGCUGAGUCGUCUGCGAAUUCUUCUGAUUUCGGUGGUAGAACGCCAGUUAACCAUACUUUACUCGACAACUCCGAAGAAGAAGAAGAACCCGCGAAAUUACCAGGUAUUAUGGCUACACCAACCAAUGGAAAUCAUUUACCGGGAAACAAUCAUGAUAUUACUUCAUUCCCAAGUAUUCCAACACCACAAUCGGAGGAGGAAAUGGAAAUUCCAGAUGGAAUCAGAGGUUGGAUCCCACGCGCCAAAUUUCACACUAAACAAAGUGUCGUCAAAGCAUCUCAUCAUAUCUAUUAUUCGCUACCCACUCCAGCACAAAGACUUUUAACCAAGGUUUCAAACGCCACCAACAGAUUUUUGAAUGGUCUUUGGGAAUUCAUGAAUCCUCCUCUUUGGGCUAUGCUUCUCGCUGUCAUUGUCGCAUCCGUCCCAAAACUUCAACAUCUUUUCUUCGCUGAAGGUUCCUUUAUCGCUAACUCCGUCACACGCGCUGUAUCCCAAUCAGGAGGUGUCGCCGUUCCUCUCAUAUUAGUCGUGCUCGGUGCUAACCUCGCUCGAAAUACUCUCCCACAACAUGUCCUGGAUGAAAGCUCUGAAGAAAAUCAAAUCGGUACCAAACUUCUCAUCGCCUCCUUGAUAUCGAGAAUGUUAUUACCUACAUUGAUCAUGGCACCAAUAUUAGCACUUACCGCAAAAUAUGUUCCAGUGAGCAUAUUGGAUGAUCCGAUCUUUGUCAUUGUGUGUUUCUUAUUGACAGGAGCACCAAGUGCAUUACAAUUGGCACAAAUUUGUCAAAUCAAUGGGGUAUAUGAGGGAGUGAUGAGUAAAUUACUUUUUCAAAGUUAUGUUAUUUGGAUUUUACCAAGUACGUUGGUGUUGGUUAUGUGUGCGUUGGAGGUUGUUGAGUGGGCUGCUUAGGUUAGGAGUGAAUUUGAGAAGUGCAUCCAUCAUUUUAGGUGCACGGAAAAGGGUGAGGGGUCGAUGAAAUGCAUAAUGAGGAGGUGGAUUGUCUUUCUGGUUGAAUGGACGAAACUAAAAUAUACAAUAUAUGCUUAUGCAUAUACGGAUAAGUUUGGGCCUGGAUUCGGAAGAAUUAACUGUAUACUUUAGAUGGGGAAGGCUGGAUGGUGCAUCAGCGUGGCGUGGCGUUUUGGGAUUUUAUGUUGAUUGGUUUGAUAACAUUGUAAUGAUGUAUUUUUUAUGCACCGAUGGUUUGUAGAUUUUCGAAUGGGGAGGUGAAGGGAGGGAGAAAGGAGGAGAGGAGGGGGAAAUGAGGAGAUUAUACCAUGAGAUGAGAUGAAUGCAGAUAUGAAUUAAGGAAAUAAUAAUAAUUAAUACCAUGCAUACACAUACACAUA